AUGUUUCCCCAGCGUAAAGUGGGCCGAAAUUCUUCAGGGGAAGAAGAGAUGGAUGAUCAGCGCAGACUGCUGGAUUUCUCCCGAAAUCCUCAGAUCAUCUUACACCGAAUAGACCACGAACUGGGUCAUGUUUGGAAAGAAGAGGCUUUCUCACACCAGCAGCUCUGUAAACAGGAAAGGCAUUCCAAUUUGGACCCGGAAGAACCAGAACAUCUUCAGAUGAAAGAGGAGGAGCGAGAGCCAGAACAUCCCCGUAUUAAGGAGGAACCAUUAGAAUUUUGCAAAAGUGAGCAUGAAGAGCAGCUUGAACUGAAGCAGGAGAAUGAAGAUACAUUUAUGUCGACUCCAACUCAUGAGGAAAAUAACCACAUUAAACCAGAACCAAUCAACAACCAAAUCAUCUCUCAGGACUUUAAUGAAACUGAGAACCAGGAUGAAAAAGUAAACCAUCAUAAAAACUCAUAUGUACAGAGGAAAAUUCACAGAGGGAAGAGGCCUUUUCUGUGUAUGACAUGUGGAAAGAGUCAUGCAAAAAAAUCWGACUUGACAUCUYACUUGAAAACGCACACAGGUGAGAAACCUUUUGCCUGUAAUACGUGUGAAAAAACCUUCAAAAGAAAAAAUUCACUAACUAUGCACAUGAAUAUUCACACGGGGCAGAGGCCUUUUGCCUGUAAUGCCUGUGAYAGAACGUUCAUUAGAAAAGAUGCCUUAAAUGUACACAUGAAGGUUCACACUGGGGAGAGGCCUUUUCUCUGUGCGACAUGUGGAAAAGGUUUUCUUAAAAAGAUAGAUUUAGCAGUUCACGUGAGAAUUCACACAGGUGAGAAGCCUUUUUUGUGCARGACCUGUGGGAAAAGGUUCAAUCGAAAAUUUGUGUUGAUGGAUCACAUGAGAAUUCACACAGGUGAGAAGCCUUUUAAAUGUCUGUCCYGUGGAAAAWGCUUCAAUCGUAAAUCUGGCUUUUAUAUGCACAGCAAAAUUCAUACAGGUGAGAGRGAUUUUUCUUGUGAGAUUUGUGGCAAARGUUUUAUUCAGAAAAUUAAUUUGUCUCGCCACAUGAUGUGUCACACAGAUGAAAGGCMCUUUCCCUGUAGUACCUGUGGAAAACAGUUCAGAUCAAAACAUACAUUGAGCAGCCACAUGAGAGUUCACGCAAGCGUGAAACCCUUUUYGUGUGUGASUUGUGGAAAAAAGUUUAAUAAAAAGCAAAAAUUAAUGACUCRCAUAAGAAGUCAUACAGGUGAAGAGCCCUAUUUGUGUGCGAUCUGUGGAAAGGCAUUCAGUGAUUGCAGUUCACCGAAAUCUCACUUUGCAGCUCACACAAAYGAAAACCAUUUUYCAUGUUUGAUAUGUGGGAAAAGUUAYAUGAGAAACACAGAAUUGACAUUUCACAUGAAAACCCACACAGGUGAGAAUCUUUUCAAAUGUCUGUUCUGUGGAAAAGACUUUGCUAGAAAAGCUUUUUUGGAUCGGCAUGUCAGAACUCACACAGGAAAGAAACCUUUCUCUUGUACAAUUUGCGGCAUAGGUUUCAGUCAAAAAUGUUUCUUGACUUCUCACAUGAGGAUUCACCCAGAAGAAAUAUUUUUUCCCUGUGAUACCUGUAAAAAACCUUUCCGAUCAAAAGAUUUAUUGAAUGAACACAUGAGAGUUGAGACAUGCAAGAUGCCCUUCUCRUGCGUGAUUGGUGGGAAAAAGUACAGCGUCUUUAGAAUUACAGAGACCGUAAGCCCAAAAGGAAUAGCCAGAAAACCAGAGGAGCCUUAAGUAACAGUUACAGUAUUAUGUAAAAGGCCACAUAUUUGUUUUUGUCAGAAAUCUUACUGCAAUGGUGUUUAAAAUUUAAGUUUGGCAGAUGUGUGUUGGGAGAACCACUGAGCUGAAGAACUAAGAUCUAAUAGGAAAACUAUCCAGUCAGACAUUUACUGUUGUUGAAACUAGYAACACUUUGUUUUUAAUUAMAUUUGUGUUUUAACAAUGCAACUUGUUCAUUUCUUUAAUUAAACCUUAAAGUUAGAUAAUAGGGAAUUCACAAAGUGGCACUGUGUGGUUUAUAAACUGAUGUUUAUCAUUGUUUUUGCUUGAUUUUAUUUGGACUUGGAUUAUAAUACUAUAGUCUUGAUGUUGAGUCUUAUUUUUUUCCUCUGUGUGAAAAUAAUUUGGUCAAAUCUCUUUAAAAUGAAGCCUCUUCGGUCUUUGAGGCGGCUCACUUUAUUCUCAUAAAUGCUACUUAAAUCACCACAGUAGUAGUUUAUUACUUCUAAAAGUUGCAACGUCCUUUUGGACAUGUGUUAAUUGUCUGAUAAUUUGCAGCCAAAAUGUACAAUAAAUAAAUUCUAAAAAAAUAAAUGCUGAACAAACUCUGUGCAAAUUACAGUAAUUUCAUUAACUGAGUCAUUACAAACAAAAAAUGCCGAACUAGAUGUCAAGAAUUGAUCUAUUUCUGAAAAUGUUUCCUAAAUUGAACAUUUUUUCCUGAGGUGAAUCUGGUGAACAGCUGGUGCAUUUUUUUCUGUUGUGAACGAGUUUGUGCUUUAAUUUUGCUCAAUACUGUAAACGAUUUAGAACUGCGAAAMCGUCAAACAUAUGCAUUCAGUGCCGGAUGGUUAUUUAUCUCACUUAUUACUGUAGAUGUAGAUUUCUAGUAGCCAUAAAGAAAAGAAAAUACUGUCACCUGGGAACUGUGUUAAUGAAAACAUGUUUCUAAACGUGAGGUUUCAUUAUGAUGACGCUUCCAUUCACAGAUUCAGAGCAAAUAACACGCUUUUGUUGGUUAAUGAGRUUUUGYGGUUUGUAUUCAUUGCUUUGAGAAAUUAACAUUUUAUGUUUGGCUGUUGUGCAAAUAUUAAUGUGAGAAAUGUCCCAAAGCCACUGAAGGAAAAACUGUGAAGCCAAAAUUCCUCGAGAUCUGUAGAACUUCAUCUCAUUAUGUUACACAUUGUAUUUGUCAUUUUUUAUGUUUUUGAGUUCUUAAAGGGAGUUUAGCAUUUCUCAUUACUGGAUGUAAAAUAUUUUGCUAUGGUUUAUUUAUUUUUUGUUAGUAAA